CUCUUCUUCUCCUUCUUCUUCUUCUUUUCUCCCUUUCUAGGGUUUUCCUUUUUCCCACAUCUCCCCCGGAACGUCGACUUUCUCGACCAGGUUUUGAGCGUAAUUUUGAGCAGUUGAAUUUUGUUAAAUAUGAGUGUGGUGGGGAUUGAUAUUGGAAAUGAGAACUGUGUGAUUGCGGUGGUGAAGCAACGGGGGAUUGAUGUUUUACUGAAUGAGGAAUCGAAACGAGAAACCCCGGCCGUGGUGUGUUUCGGUGAGAAGCAAAGGUUUCUGGGGUCUGCUGCUUCUGCCUCUGCAAUGAUGCACCCGAAAUCGACCGUGUCGCAGGUGAAGAGGCUUAUUGGGAGGAGAUUUAAUGAGGCUGAUGUCCAGAAGGACCUAAGGAUGUUGCCGUUUAAGACUUCUGAAGGCCCCGAUGGCAGCAUUUUGAUUCAUUUGAGUUACUUGGGUGGGACGCAUAUGUUUACUCCGGUUCAGAUUACGGCCAUGCUUUUUGCGCAUUUGAGAGAAAUAAUAGAGAAGAAUCUGGAAAUGCCGAUUUCAGAUUGUGUGAUUGGUAUCCCGUCGUACUUUACGGACUUGCAGCGACGCGCGUAUUUGGAUGCUGCGACAGUGGCUGGGUUGAAGCCUUUGAGAUUGAUGCAUGACUGUACUGCAACUGCUCUUAGUUAUGGAAUUUACAAAACUGAUUUCUUGAAAUCUGGUCCGACUUAUGUGGCAUUUGUUGACAUUGGACAUUGUGAUACUCAGGUCUCGAUUGCAUCCUUUGAGUCUGGGCAUAUGACGAUGCGGUCUCACACUUUUGAUAGAAGCUUGGGAGGGAGAGACUUUGAUGAGGUCUUGUUUAGUCAUUUUGCCUCACUGUUCAAAGAGCAGUAUAAAAUUGAUGUCUACACUAAUCUCAAGGCAUGUGUCAGGCUGAGGGCAGCAUGUGAAAAGCUGAAAAAGGUUUUGAGUGCAAAUGCGGAGGCACCUCUUAACAUUGAGUGUUUAAUGGAUGAAAAAGAUGUUAAGGGUUUCAUUAAAAGGGAAGAAUUUGAAAUGCUGGCUUCAAGUUUGUUGGAGAGGAUUCGUGUUCCUUGUAGUAAAGCUUUAGCUGAAGCAGGUUUAACCGCUGACAUGAUUCAUUCUGUAGAGCUUGUUGGGUCAGGGUCUAGAAUCCCAGCUAUUGCUAGAGCAUUAGUUUCUCUAUUCAGGCAAGAACCGCGUCGGACUGUGAAUGCUAGUGAAUGUGUAGCACGUGGAUGUGCUCUUCAAUGUGCAAUGCUAAGUCCUGUUUUCCGAGUCAGAGAAUAUGAGGUUCAAGAUUCUAUUCCUUUCACUAUAGGAUUCUUGUCAGAGGAAGGUCCAAUUGGCACUGGCUCAAAUGGUGUCAUGUUUCCAAAAGGCCAACCCAUCCCAAGUGCUAAAGUUUUAACACUUCAAAGAAGCAGUUUAUUUAAUUUGGAAGCAUUGUAUGCUGAUCCCAGUGAACUGCCAGCGGGCGCAUCUCCUAAAAUUUGUUGUUUUAGGAUUGGUCCUUUCCACGGCUUCAAUAGUGAAAGGACAAGGGUUAAAGUUAAAAUUCAAUUAGACCUCCACGGUAUUGUCUCUGUUGUAUCAGCUAGGGUGGUGGAAGAACAUGGAGACAAUUCAAAAAUGGACCCAAUGGACACUGAUUGUGUUACUGCUUCUGUUUCACCUGAAGCACCUGCAGAUGGGUUUCAAGAGAGUAUGAAGUCCAAAUCUUCACAUGCUGCUGGUGAUGGUAGACACCAUAAAGGCACUAGCAGGCUUGAUAUACCCAUUAGUGAAAAUAUAUACGGUGGAAUGACCAAGGCUCAACUUUCAGAAGCUCAAGGAAAAGAACUUCAGUUAGCGCAGCAGGAUAGAGCAAUGGAGCAAACCAAAGACAAAAAGAAUGCCUUGGAGUCUUAUGUCUAUGAUAUGCGGAAUAAGCUCUUCAACACAUAUCGAAGCUUUGCAAGUGACCAGGAGAGGGAGGCCAUUUCCAGGAGCCUACAGCAGACAGAGGACUGGCUUUAUGAUGAUGGAGAUGAUGAAACUGAGAAUGCGUAUACUUCAAAGCUGGAAGAUCUUAAAAAGCUGGUAGAUCCAAUUGAAAGCCGAUACAGAGAUGAGGAAGCACGAGAACAAGCUACUAAAGAUCUAUUAAAGUGCAUUGGAGAUUAUCGCAUGGCUGUGGAACCACUUUCACCCAUGGAUAGAGAAACGAUUCUCAACGAGUGCUUUAAGGUGGAGCAGUGGCUUCGAGAAAAAAACCAACAACAAAACUCCAUGCCAAAGAACAUAGACCCAAUAUUAUGGUCGAGUGAUAUUAAGAGCCGGACUGAGGAGUUGAACACGAAAUUCAAAAACAUAUUUAGAUCCAGGGCUUCUCAUCGAGAGGAAUACAAGGGUUCAAACCACCAUGAUACUUCUAGACACAAAUGAGCAAACCAAUGCCAUCCAGCAUACACAGAUCUUUAGGUUUAGUUUCUUGUUUGUUCUGACAACUGUAUAUCUGUGGUAUUUGUGUUGCUUUUUUGUUAUAUAUAUGGGCAGUCGUAUUAAGCAGACACUAAAUAUUUGCCCCAGAUUUUUGUGUGUUCUUAAACCAUACCUAUACCAUAUAACAUCCUGAGAAAACCGUCGAGGUCUAUGACUUUAGCAAUACCAGUGAAAGAGUUUUGAACAAUGUGUUGCUAACAGAAGCCGUGGUUUUGUUAGUUCUCCUAGACCUUGCUGGAGAACGAGUCUUGUCUAAGUAAUAAACUCUGUAUACAUAGCAUUUCUAGUUUAGGGAUUGUUGUGUUUCUCUUUUGGAAAAUGUAUGUAAAGGCCAAUGUAUGCUCUCCCAGUCUCCCUUGUAACCAAUAGAUUGUUUUCUUUU